AUGUUUCCUUUGAACACUGGUCGUUUGAUUACCCGUCCAUCACGCAUUUGGAUAAUCAUUGGAAUUCAAAAGCGAAAUAAUUCUACGAGAAAAUUAAUAUCAAGUUAUUAUCAUCAUGCAUCUCCAUUUCCAAUGGUUUACAAAACAUUGAGUCAGAGCUUCGAUGCAAUAGCUGACAAAUAUCCUGAUCAUGAAUGCCUCGUUUUCAAAAGUGAACAAAAACGAUACACAUACAAGACAUUCAAAGAAGAAGUUGAUAACAUAGCAGUCUCGCUCCUCGACUUAGGUUUCCAAAAGAAUGAUCGUUUUGCCGUUUGGCUUCCAAAUACAUCCGAAAAUGUUACCAUUUCUUAUGCUGCCUCAAAAUUGGGUUUGGUCAACAUCAAUCCAGCUUAUGUUGAAAGAGAACUAGAAUAUUGUAUCAACAAAGUUGGCUGUAAAGGUAUCUUACUUUCACCAUCGAUUAAAUCGUUCAAUACAUUUGAGGUUUUUCGCCGAUUGGUACCGGAGCUUGGCCAAAAUUUCUCGUCGACUAAUGAGCUUUCAGCCAAAGCAGUUCCUACUUUAAAACAUGUAAUUUUAACUGGUACACAAAUAUCGGUAUCAGGUGUACAUUCAUAUGACGACUUAAUCAAACGAGGUAGUCAAUUAUCUCACAAAAGUCUUAUUGAAAGGCAAGCAUCCAUUGAUCCUGAUGCACCCGUUGAAAUCUUCUACACUUCUGGGACUACAGGUCAACCAAAGGCUGCAACAUUGACCAGUUCCGGUGUGAUUAAUUUGAUUCGUAGUCAAUGGGAACAUUUCGGUCAAUUUUUCACUCGUCUUUGUGUUCCUAUUCCAAUGUUUCACAUUUUCUCAGAAAUGGUCGGUGUCCUCAAUGCAGCAGUUGCUAAAUGUCAUCUCACUUUUCCAGCUGUUCUACCCGAUACAGUAUCUACUAUGCGUGCUAUUCAUGAAGAAAAAUGUACUGCACUUAUUGGCGCACCGAUUAUUUUUCGUGAUAUAUUGAUGCAUCCAGAUCGGAAAAAAUACAAUCUUACUUCAUUGGUUUUCGGUCUAUCAGGAGCAAAUGCAAUGCAUAUCGAUUUUUUACGUCAAUUAGAAAAAGAGGUUCCAAUCACUCGUAUGGCGCAAGCCUAUGGAAUGACUGAAACUGCUGGUAUUAUAACUUCUAGUAUGUGGGCUGGUGACGAAGAUGUCAAGCGUCGUCUUUCAUCGAUCGGAAGACCAAUGCCAGGUUUAGAAAUAAAAAUCGUCGAUCAAAAAGGCAAUACAGUACCCAUCGGUAAAUCAGGUGAAAUUCAGACAAGAGGCCAUUCGGUGAUGCGUGAAUAUUAUGGUGAUAUCGAGAAAACAAAAGAGACCAUCACACCAUCGCGAUGGCUUAGAACCGGUGAUGAAGGUAAAAUGGACGAAGAUGGUUAUGUCUAUUUUGUUGGACGCAAAAAAGAUAUUAUUAAUCGUGGUGGUGUCAAAAUCUAUCCUGUUGAAGUUGAAAAUACUAUUGCUGAACAUCCAUAUGUAGUCGAUGCACAAGUCUUUUCGGUUCCAAACGAACGAUACGAUGAAGAAGUAUGUGCUUGGAUUAGAUUGAAACCUGAUGCACCUAAAUGUCAAGUGGAGGAUAUUCGAAAUUUUCUUAAAGAUAGAUUAGCUUUCUUCAAAAUACCGACACAUAUACGAAUUGUAGACCAAUUCAUUAUGACACCGACGGGUAAAGCACAAAAAUUCAAAAUGUCCGAAAUAAUGGCAAAUGAAUUGCAGCAAAACAAGAAUAAACAUUGA